AUGUCUAUUCUGUCUGUUGCAAUGGUCGUGGUCACCCUCGUCAGCCCUAUCUUUAUAUCAGCUGUCCAAUCGCUCUCAGAACGUCUGGCUUGCGCCAAUAUCUAUAUCUCGAAGGUUUUUGGAGAAAUGCCGGCUUUCAAGAUUGAUGGUAUCUUGAAAAAGCUUGAUCAGUGGCCGGUACUGCACACAUCAUACAUAAAGCUAUCGUCCGCUUCCACGCCAGUGCCGUCUGAGCCCGAUAUCGCGUGCCCAGGGACCGAUAAUUUCCACCACAUGAACCACUCAUUGUUUGACCCAGGCUUGAGUGAGCUGGGCUCACUGUGGCGCGGUCAAAUCAGUCAGGAUGCGGUAUCCACGUCAGAACAUCAUGCCAAUGUGCCGACUUUCGGGGGUCUUUAUCGUGAAGCACUACUCAUCAACCGGCCAGUUUUGCUUUUCAUUAUGAUUGUUCUGUUGUUGAUACCAGCGGUAGCAUCCAUAUUCACUUGGUAUUCUCGCAAGCAUUGCCUCCAAGUAGCGAACAUUGAGAUUCUAGAUUUCAUCAACGAAGUCCGUGCCCGGAAAGCGUUCCUGUUGAAAAGAAUGAGCUCCGCUGUUUCAAUGCUGAAUAGCCAAAUUGACAGCAUCGUGAGGCAGAUAGUGAUGGAGCAUGAGCGGGUCUGCGCUGAACUACCCACUUUCCUUGAUGUUGAAGUCAGAGAACUGCGAGAGGCUCUCGAGACACAAUUCCGGAACGAAUUUGAUCACCAUGUCCUGGAAGUGAAGAAUUUUGCCGACAACUUGGAACGCGCACGUCGGAGUUUUCCAGAUCCCGAAGCCAUUGAAGCCGAGUGCGAGGAUUUCCAGUCUGAGCUUCAACGCUGGAGACAGCGAAUGGGCGACUUUCUCGCUCAAGUCAGUGCAGAGGCUGAAAGGAAUGGUAAUAUGCAGAGCCCGGUCAAGCGUAUCAUGGAGCACCAAGAGGAAAUGCCGCCCACUCAGGCGUGUGUUACGGAGACUGAAGAUGAGGUUAUGGAAGACAAAGUGGAGAGAAACGAGCCUGCAAGCCAUAUUGUGAGCGAAAAGCCACGAGCAGAAGAUGAGGAGCCAAUCUCGAGAAUGGCCCUGUGGGCAACCGCGUCCGGACACCCUGCACCCACACCGGCGGAAAUCGAAGAAGGUCGAAGAAUCCGGCGUGAAAGAGUAGCAAAGCGGAUGGAAGAGAACAAUGGUCAGCGACCUGUGAGAAGUCAGUCUGGGCCCAGGAAGCGAAGGUGUCCUUUCAGAAACAGGCGCCACAGCGUGCACAAGCAAGACCACGACGCGGCUCGCCAGUCCUCCAAUUCCACCUCGCUCUAA